AUGGCCGUUCCGCCGUUUGCAGAAGCGUAUAAAAACCUCAUCUCACCACUGGAAUCUAGUUGGAACCAAACCACAUUCCCAAACAUGCGAAUCGUCUCGUUGCAUAUCCUAGCAAUCGUGUUUGCAGUUGCGGUUUCCGCCAUCCCGUCUCCAACCAUCCAAAUAAGUACUUCCUCCGACGAUGGAGGGGGCACUGUGGAGACUAUGCCUUCGGUGAUUCCUGUGACUGGUAGUCUCAACAUACCAACCGAGAUAUCAGAAGCUCCUGGACCGGUUGUCUCCAAUCCAACCAGUGAUGCAAGUGGUUCUACUCUAAACUCAAGCACCACAAGCCUGAACGGAACCACUACGACCACAAGAUCGGACUUGUCCACCCUUCCCGCCACCUCUAGUUCCACUGGAGCGGCCUCACAAGUUACGGCCUUCUCUGGAUCCUUAUCAAUGCUCCUGCUUCUUGUUUCAGCCGCAUGUUUGCACCUCUAG